AGGGCAGCUCCUCGCCGCUCUAUGGUUCCCCACGUUCCCCUCUCGGCCGCUGUACGAGCUCGGGCGCUGCGGAGCUGCCCCGCGGGGCCGAGGGCGGAGCGGAGCAGCCGGGGCUCCUCCUCCAUCCGUCCCGCUUCCCCCCUCGCCAUGCCGCUCGAUCACCGCCGCCUGCACGGCCCGGAGGACUCGCAGCCGCCGGAGCUUUGGGCAGCGCAGCUCCGGGAUGGGGAUGAUGAGGCUGAGCAGAGCGGGGCGGCGCCGCGGGAUCCCUGCGCGCUGCGGCCGCUGUUCGCCCGCGCGGGGCUGCUGAGCCAGGCGGAGGGUUCGGCGUACGUGGAGCUGAGCGGCGGCACGAAGGUGCUGUGCGCCGCCUGGGGACCGAGGGAGGCGGCAGAGCCGGGCGGGGCGGUGGCAGCGGGGCGGCUCGUGUGCGACUUCCGACGGGCUCCGUUCUGCGCCCGCGGGGCCCGGCCCAGGCCCGGGGGGGCGGCGGAGCGGGAGGCGGAGCGGGAGGCGGCGGCGGCGCUGCGGGAGGCGCUGGAGCCGGCGGUGCGGCUGUCCCGGUACCCGCGGGCUCGGCUGGCGGUCAGCGCGCUGCUGCUGCAGGACGGGGGGUCCGCGCUGGCCGCCGCCAUCAGCGCCGCGUCGCUGGCGUUGGCCGACGCCGGGGUGGAGAUGUACGACCUGGCCGUGGGCUGCGCGCUGUGCCGCCCCCCGCUCCCACACGGCCACGGGUCCGCGGCGGGGCCGUGGCUGCUGCAGCCCGGGGAGGACGAGGAGCGCGGGGCCGCCGCCCGCCUGACGGUGGCGCUGCUGCCCGCCCUCAACCAGCUGUCGGCCGUGCUGGGCGGGGGGCGCGGCGGGGAGACCGAGGGCUGGGGGGCGGCGCUGCGCCUCGGCGUGGAGGGGUGUCAGCGCAUCUACCCCGUGUUACGGCACUGCCUGCUGCGGGCUGCGCGCCGCCGGGACGGGGCGUGACGGCAACGGGGAGCCGCUGGAGCCGCCCUCGGUGCCACCGGAGACCCCCGGAGCUGCCCAUGGUGGUGCUGGAGACCCCUCAGGCCUUACCUGGAGACACCCAGGACUGCUGCUGAGACCCAGACACCCCCAGUGCCAUCCAGAACCUUCAGGGUUUGCCUGAGACCAACACAGACCCCCCUGGACUGCUUUGGAUGCCACCACAGACCCCCCAGAGCUGCCCCCGGUGCUGCUGGAGACACCACAACACCCCACCACCACCCCAUCCCUCAGUGACUGCCCCCGUGGUGCCCUGGGCUGGCAGAAGGGACUGUUGUGUGCUGUGUCGUUUUGAGUUUGUACAAUAAAAUGGGUUGUAUUUUCUUUUU